CAAGAGACAGGGAACCAACAAGGUGCCAUCUGAUUAAUUUAUUAUUUUGUUUCCGUUCUGGCAUCUUCCUCUCCAUCAACCCUUUUCCCGUCUUUCCCAUCAAACUAUCGCAAUCGACAACAUCCUUCCUCGAACCUCAUCUCUCCCUCCUUCCCACAUUGUUCGCCAUCACCAUCUCGAGCUGCCAAACUUUGUCCGUUUUCACCGCCAAUUCUCCCUCUCAAAUCAUCAUCAACCAUGUCUUCACAACUCACCUACGCCGAGGUGUCCAAACACAACAGCAAGAAAGAUUUGUACAUUGUUGUCCACGACAAGGUCUACAACGCCUCUACCUUUGUCGACGAGCAUCCCGGCGGUGAAGAAGUCCUCCUCGACGUCGGCGGUCAAGACGCAACCGAAGCCUUUGAAGAUGUCGGCCACUCAGACGAAGCACGUGAAAUCCUGGAGGGUCUCUUGGUCGGCGACCUGAAGCGAGUCCCUGGCGACCCUGCCCCCAAGAUCGGUUCUACGGACAAGGUCUCAGCCGGCCCCGGUGGAAGGUCAGACGCUGGCACCGGAAUGGGAAUCGCCAUGUACAUUGUCCUCCUCGCGGGUGCGGCCGCCGCCUACUUCGGAUACACAUAUAUGCAAAGCCAAGAGAGCAAGUAAAGUGUCUCCGUGUACGGGGUGUGUGCAGUAAUCAAAAGACAAUGUGAGAGAAGAAGAGAUAGAAAGAGAGACGGGAGGCUAGAAGAAGGGGGGGCGCGUUCGCCGUGGCAAAGAAAGAAAACCUCUUGCUGGACUCGAAAGAAUUAAGGCGGUAAUAAGAUUCAGAGCAACCUGGAAGAUGCCAAUCCAGCUUGACAUCCAUGCGCAAAGACUAAAAAAGAGAGUGGGCUACGGAUUCUUUUGUACACCCCUGGCAAAGCUGGCGUAAAUGAAACAACAGCGUGCAUUGCAAAUCUAUCUAGAACGAGAAAAGAAUACAACAUCUUGCGCCCCAGCUAGCAAACAACCUUCGAGGCAAAAUGCCCAGACAUGUUCUAUUGGGGCACCCCAUGUCGCAACCUGGAUGAAUAGUUGUAGAUGUACC